GAUAUGCAGCGAAUAUGGUGGUUAAAAGCACAGGUCAUAAUCCUGGUUAUGUACCUGGUAAAUCGCUUUUAAAUCACACCUACCAUUUCGUAGGUAUGACUGCGGGUGCAACACCCAUGUUUCAGCAAAUUUUGAUGUACAGAAAUUUUUUUUUCAGUGUCACUUUUUUGUUUUAAUGGUUCCAACUACCUAGGCUUUAGAAACCAAAAAUACACUUGUGACUUUUCGGCUAAAAUUGUAAACUUCCUUCUUGAAGGUAGCGACAUACUUUAAAGAAAUCUUUAUCGGGCGAUCAGGAAUCAAAAGCGGAAUCUUAUAGAGAAAUUUGCACUACGGCUGUUUGCCGCGCCGUAAGGAAUGUGCCGUGCGUGCGGGACACUUCAUUGCUAUUUUCAGUUUCAAUGCUCACCCAGCUGUUCUUUCUCCACGCAGGUCAUCAUGCUCCAAUUCAAUGCGUGCGCUCACUGUUCUUUGUGUCUGUACUUCUCUACAACAAAAUUCGAGGUCAGCAGAACAUCUGCUGGCACAUAGGCAAUGAAUCUAUUUAUUAUCACCUCAUUCUGAAUAUACGCAGUGUUCCAUUCGGUAUAAACUCGCCGUGAAGCACAAGCAGUGUCGGUACGAUACAAGAAAGUGUUUUGCAUGCGUUACAGCAUCGGUCGUCCUCGCUGAUCCUACGCGAAUAUGCUCGUUAAAACAAGAACACCAGGAAAAAAACCAGAAAGUGUCGCGUACUUAAUGCCACGGUCUCUGUUCUCCCCACAUUCUCAUGUGUUUCCCCGCACUGACAUCCAAAGAUUAUCGGCAACUGGCUAUAUAUUGUGAUCUUCUCGAGACGUGAGGGUUCGCAGGCAAAUAAGGCCUCGCGAGCAUGUAUCUCUGCACGCUCACAAGACGGCACGUGACAUGUUAGGAGGUGAGGUGAAAACAAGGCGAACCCUUCUCGGUCCACGACGUCUCAUCACAACAGGUUGGCCAAGAGCUCACAGAUGCUGCGCUUGUACGGGAGAAGGUUUUGCCGCAUCAUGCACCGCACGUGCCGCAAGGACGCUCAGGGCUUGCCUUAUCGACUUGGCUUGGGUUCCCCCGCCGGUUCCUUAUCGCGAUGACCGGCUCGUUUAUCGAGGAGAAUGCAAAAGGCGCAACAAAACAUCUCGCGCGUAAUCUUCUAUUUUGUUUCCCUCACCAAUGGGCUUUCAGGGGACAUCCCCCCGCUUCGGCGGCGCAGAGCUGCGAAACUCGCCGUGCCGAGAGUGCGGCCCCGGGAGCCACGAUGUUGCACGCCAUCAUGCUCGUCCUCCUAAGCAUCGUCUUUCUCGUGGUCGGAAUUUUCGCAAAGACCUUUACAUUUUGGAAAGGGAAAGGCAUCCCAUAUUUGUCUUUCUUUGAGUACCUCCGUGUGGUUCGAGACAACUUCACAGGAGAGCUCAAUAAAGUUGCUAUCCGGAAUUACAAGCGCUAUGGCCGGAUAUACGGGUCAUACCAGGGGCUCGUACCAAGCCUUGUUGUCUCUGACCCAGAUGUGCUGAGAGAAAUUUGUGUCAAGGACUUCAAGUCGUUCGUCAACAAAUCGGAUGACAAGGUAUCAGGAAAUACUCUUUGGGACCAAAUGGUGCUGCACCAGCAAAAUGACGAAUGGAAGCAUACACGCAGUUCGCUUUCGCCAAUGUUCACAACGGCUAAAUUAAAAUCGAUGGUACCAAAAAUGACUAAGACUAUGGACAGGUUUACGAAGUUGCUGCUGGCGAAGCUCAAUAAAGGGCAGCCCACGAAUCUCUGCCAAUUGUUGGAAAAAUCGGCCAUGGACUUGUACACAUCACUCAUCUUUGACCUGGACAUUGAUAGUCACGUUGACACUGAGCACCCAAUGCUCAAAUGCUAUAGCGGCUUCCUCAGUGCCCCUGGUGGCUGGAGGCUACUCAUGAUGACCACUCUCCCAAGGCUUUUCAAGGUUUUCAGAGUGGAAUUUCCGAACAAAGCUGACUCGCAGUAUGCGCUGGACUUCACAAAGCACUUGAUCGGACAGCGACUGCGAGACAGUGAAAGGCAUGACGAUGCACUCCAAAUGUACAUGGACACCAAAAUGCAGCAAAAUGGGAAAGGAGGCGUCCGACUUUCAGAAUCUGCACUCAACGACAUCUCUGCCCAGUGCAUGUGUUUGUUUAUCGCUGGGAGCGACUCAAUAGCUCUGACUGUGACGUGCGCCGCGUACUCGUUGGCCCUCCACCCCGAGAUUCAGGAAGCGGUGAUAAAAGAAGUUGAUGCCGCGGACGAGGCCAACUACGAAUCUCUGCGGACGAUGGUACUUCUUGAUGCCGUCGUCAGUGAAACGCUGCGGAUGUACUCACCGACGUCAGUGCUUACCAGGAUAUGUUCGCAAAGCACAACAGUUGCUGGCGUCCGCUUUACGCCGGGAAUGCGCGUCGAGAUUCCAGCCCACGCCAUGCACUACGACCCCGAGUUCUUUCCCGAACCAGAAAUCUUCAAACCAGAGAGGUUCCUGCCGGAGCACAAGGAUUCCAUCAACACUUACACGUAUCUCCCUUUCGGAGUGGGCCCAAGGAGCUGCAUUGGCAUGCGCAUGGGCAUGGUGCAAGUGAAGUACAUUCUAUACCGCCUCCUGCAGAACGUCACCUUCGAGCCUUGUGCAGAAACUCAGGUACCCCUUUCCUUCGCCAAAGGCAAGGUCCUCCUGGAGCCUGACCCGCCGAUUCAACUGAAAAUUGUUCCUCGAGUCAAGUGCUAGUUCACAGACCCGUCAAACUCCGCUACCGGACAACGCCACAGUGUAGGAUGCCACAGUGACAAUCUAUGGACUAGUUGUUUUGCAAAGUGUCGAAACACGUAUAUAGUUUCGUUGCAUUUUACGUUCGAAUGUUUCCAAGGAGUGAAUGCUCGUCAUGUACAUUACUGUAGUGGUGCUUAAGCUUGCGUCUAGAUAUGUUUGCCUGCGUAGAUGAAGCAUCUUGGUUUUCCUUAAAUGAAAUUCUUGCUAGCAGAUAAUGCUGCUGCACUUCGCCGGCAUCUCAUAUUGAGACCAUAUAUAUAGAUUUAAAUGGUAUCUAUUGUGAAUAAUGCAUUUCAUUAUAUUUUUGUUGUCAGAUUUUCACAAUCAUUUCUUCAUCCUUUGUGUGUUGUACAUAUCAGAGAAGAAGAGUGAAGUUUGUUUAGCAAAGCAAACGUGCAAUAUUGAAAAGGGAACAAGAACAAAGGCAAAUCUCUUGGUAAAAUAAAAGACUUAGGGUAAACUUGUAUACCUUCGAUGAUUGAACAAUAAAGUGCACUAAGAACACAGAAAAAUAUAUUGCUUCGGGAACAGCAGCAAGUAUCCUGUGACAUCGGGUAGUAACAAUUGGAAUCGCAAUGAACUAUUUAGUUCGGUUGUACGAAAACAAAAACAAAAGUUUCCUUUUUUAGUUGUUUCUGUAAAAAGCACUGCGGGGCAGAAGCUCCAACAUAAGGCGUAGUCAGUGAAGUAAGGACAUACGGACGUCUAAUGCCUUCAUGUAACUGGUGUGAAAGUAUAACUACAUGAAACACUUUCAAGCAAAAACGAAAGACACAGCCAUGCAUGUUUUAUGUUUUGAGUUCAUCAGAGCACAAGGCUGCAGCAUUUUAUUAUUGAUCAUAAGAUAUGAUUAACACGAAAUAAUAAACGUGAAAUAAUCAAUUGACCAGGCGAAUCAUUCCAAAAAUGAACUUCUUAUACACUGCCCACGGUGUUCAAUUUCGGGCGCUCUUUAACACUUUCCCUUCGCAGCAUGGGUCCAAGAAGCAGAUCACGUUCCCAAAAGGGCUGGGAAAGCUCGAAGUCUAUAACCCCGUGAACUCCAGUAAUUUAAGUACGCGUAUACACCAAUGUAAAUACCCAUAAGGGUGUUCUAAGAAGCAAGGUCAAGGUAAUAAAACCACUGUUGGGCGCAUCAGAACAGGAAAUUAUAUUUCUGUAUAACACCAAUAGGAAGAUUUUUUACACAUGGCAUCACAAAUUAAAAAUUCAAUCCACGCCUAAAUUAACAAAGGCCGUGUGAAGCUCACCAGUUAAUUUACCUUGGUACAGGUCAGAAGGCAUUGUUUCCUACUUGCCACAAUCACUUCGCUUUUACCGGUACGAUUGACUUCAACCAGAAAUAUGGUCAAGCUAAAUGGUUCUACGGUUGCGUCGCAAUACGGUCAGUGCAAUGCGUUUGUACCUGUUUCAGACAUGAUUUUGUAUUGCGGGUGAUAAAAAUAGGUGGCUACAUACUGCUUCGCUUCAGGUAACAAAUUGUGCUGCUUUUAAGUUGUGUCGCCCAAUGCGGGAAUGUCUUGUGGAAAGUGAAACAAUGUUCCUCUAUCCAUGAAUAUAUAGGUUAUUUAUUGACCAGUCCAGAAUGUUGUAGUGUUUUGUGCAACACUUUUGUUGACAAAUAAUUUGUAUUUGUGUGUGCUUUUGUGUCGCUUACGAAGCCAUGUGAUGUUUCUACUGCACUUGCGUUGUAGUUUUACUCACUAUGCUCAAUGUAUUUCUUUACCAAGUCAUGAGGUCCUCCGUUCAGCACAACGUCGUCAUUACCUGCCCGCUUUGAAAGAGGUUGCCUCUUGUCAUUACCAUUGUGUUUUAGUACGGUUUACGGCCCUGUUUAAAUCGUUGCUUGGUACCAACUUCGCUUACCCUACAAAAAAGGGCGCCAGGUCAUCGCAAAUUAUGUGCCGUCAUGACUAAUAGCAAGUAAGUACAUCGGUUAAUCUCUAGGAACACGAACGGUUAUUUUUCAAUAAAAUGUUGCUAAAAAUUG